AUGUAUAAAACAUAUGCACGCAUCAGUAGUGGGGAAUCACAGUUAUUGCUUUGUUCACGAAGAACCAAUAUGGCUAGUAAUACGCAAGCUGGGUCGGUGAUUUUUACGGUUUGUGCCUUGACUUGUAAGUAGAUAUAUUUAUAUAGUACUCUAACAAUGUUCAGGGGUUAGACCGGGCAGUUAAAUGUAUAAGCCUGUCUUUAAUGAUUGUGGAUAUUCGAAAAAUUCCUUUGGUUACAAUUCCUAAAUAAUUUGCGAAACGAAUGUGAUAAUUGCCCUACAACAUAAUGAAACUCGAAAAUCAUGGCCAGUCAAUGGAUUUCCAAUAUCUCUUUUUCACAACACACCUGUAUAUGUAACUUAAUUCCUUUACCGUCUAUGUACAUUUGUGUAUAAGAAUUUCUGAAUAAGAUACAGCACCAUUUUUCCCUUUUAUAACACGUUAUAGGAAUUCCCAAACCGACUUACUAGAUGUAACUUAUUCGGCUGAAAUCCAGCUUCAGGGUGCAUAACAUGUUCUUUGAUCGGGUAAGCUUGAUCAGCCAUGCAUAUUUGGUAUAUAACAAGGGGUUAAAAAUGUUUGAAUUGAUUUGACCAUAAGACUAUUGAUUCAACGGUAUGUUAAGUUUUUCUUUGUGCUAUGUGCAUCAAAGUUUAAGAGGAACUUAGGUUAAAAUUAUUCCAUGUGGACGUUCCCAAGGAUCAACAUCUUCUUUAAGUUCUAACAUCGUUGAAACGUUGUGGAAUUACUAUUUUGUUUUAAUCAAUGAUGUUUCUUAAACUUGUUUGUUUAAUAAUCUCUAGCUAUUUCUGUAUCGUAAGUGAAACUAUAGCACAUAAAACAGUCAUUAUAUUUUUCGUUCACAUUUUAAGUAAAAAAAUAAACCUGCAUAUCUUUAUCUAUAAGGAAUAUGAGGUCACGUACUCUUGGAGGUUUGUGACGUCAGUGUCACAGUCGAAGAACAAGGAAUAUUAGUUCUGCGUUUAAACACGCAGCACUUGAUACGAUGUAACAAAGGAAAUAUUCGUAACCAGGGAACAUUGCUGAGCUAUUGCUUGCUGUUAAACCCAGCGCCGUACGUGCAUACAACAUGUUAGCCAGUUGAUUGCGUAUAAUGUGCUAAUAAAGAUAAUACUAACUACAAAAUACAAAAAUGUUCGAGAGCAGUAGCUUUGUUUCGGUCUGCUUAAAUAGAACAAGAGAUGUAAUAAAUAAUUUCUGUCUCAUAUUGGCCCGGAAUCGCCUCAGAGCUUGCUACUGAAGCGUCAUUGAUUUGAUCAUAUCCAGUGAAGCGACAAACAAGCAAGGAAUACUUAAACCUUAAAAUAACUAUAGGGUGUAAACUUUCGAACAAAAUCGAAAACGUUCCGUAAAUCAGUUCAUUGGUAUAUUUUAGGACAUUCAAAUAUCUCGCUUAAUAAGGAGAUUAAGACAAAUCAAAUUUAAGCAUCUUCGUUAACGAAGCUGAGAAAGCACUUUGUUUUGUUCUGUUUGCUCAAAGUUCUUCUUUGAUGUGUUAACGUAUGCAUAUUAUAUUUAUUUUUAGCAGGCACCAAAUCAGUGCAUAGCAAUUUUAGCGCAUUCUGAUUGGCUACCGCAACUCGGAAUAUCCCUGGAUAUUCACUGUUUUGGGACGGGAUUCAAAAUGGCUUCUCGUUUCGCGACAAUAUAGAAAGAAAACUUUUAGCGGGAAAUGAAGCAGCGGCACCAGCAAAUAUCAAGAAAGAGACAAAAUUUGGCUUGAUGUUUACUAGUCGGUAGAAAAAAAAAUUUCUCACUGAAUUAGUUUGCAACAAAAUCAUAAAAAAUGAUCUCCGACACACCGUGAAUUGAAACGUAAACAAACUCUCACCGGCUAGAGCCCCGUUUCAAACGUCGUGCUAUACUGCUGUGCAGGACUAAAUUGAUCGAACUAAAUUCGACCUUAGCUCGGCAGUAGCGCGACGUUUGAAAGCAAGUCGUGCUGCCGUCCCGAAUUCAGUUCAUAAAUUAUGAAUUCAUUAGAAUACAUUUUAACAGUUUACUAAACCGCUUUUUAUUUUUAUGUUUUGUUUUCCACAACAGCUAUUUUAUUCGACUGAGUUAAUUUGACGUCUGAAACCAAGCCGACUGUUACAGUCGUGUUAGAGUCGUGCUGAAGUCGAGCCAGCUUAGAACGGCAGUAGCACGACGUUUGAAAGAGGCCUAAGUGACGUCUUUUAUUUACACAAAGUUCCUUUUUUCAUUUUUAUCCAACUGAUUUGGUAAAUACGAAAACAACUAUCCCCCUCAGGGUCGGUGAACAGCGCUAGAUAUAUACCUCGACGCUUCCCAUCUCGGUAUAUCCACCCACCACUAUUCAACUCCCCUUCGGUGGAUAGUUGUUUUGUUUUGUGUUUUUUUUUCUUGCUGGAGUUGGAGGCCAGUAAAAAAUCAGUUAAACUGAUCAUGAUCAUUGAUAUGUGUAAUAAAAUGGUGAGGAGUGAAAGUAGGGAAUAAUUUGACGCGCGUUUUUAGGAUUUGGACAAAAUGCAAGUGAAAUUAUAUCCCAAUUUUACAAGUAUACCAUUUAGCUGAUUAGUCACCUAUUAAUAUCUUGGGUGACACAUAUUUAUCACAUGUUUAUCAUAUCUAUCGAGAGCUCGACGCACUAAAAAGUUUAGAGCUUAAGUUUUUGGUAAAGGCCAUCAGUUUUCAGAACUUUUUGACAAAUAGCUGAUAGAAUUCUUCUUGAUGUGCUCUUUCGUGUAUUAAGGCUUUCUAAAGCGUCUUUUAAUACCCUGAUUUAAAACAGAACGUUGCCAUGGCAAUUUUGAAAUUUCACACAUGAAGACUUUUAAUUUAACACUGUCACCCUUGAUACAUGUAUUAAUACUAGAAUCGUUGCUUUAGGAAAUUCUGGUCAUAUGAAAGGGCCUAUCGGGUAUUAAAUUGGGAGCUUAAGCAAGAGCGUUUUUGAGCGACGGACGUCAACCGGAACUGGACUUUUUGCAUCAUUGGGCAGCGGUUUGCUUGAAACACUCCGGUAAAUCGCCCUUACAAAUUUGUUAUCUCAAGGCAUGUAAAACGGGAGAAGACCUCACUUCCGGUUUACAUGCGUCUUGUCGUACCAAAAUCUCCUGCCGCUGCGAUAUUGAAAACCGAGAAGGGCCCUGGAGACGAGGUUAAGCCAAGAAAGCAUAAUCUGUGUGGCUAACUGUCUAAAAUUUGAAUGACAAAUGCUACAAAUCACACGUCAUAGUUCGAACGAAAAGUUACACAGUUUCAGAAUUAACGAAAAAAGUAAAAGUUGUCGGAUUGUUGUUUUUCAUUUACACUCCACGUAACAAGCCAUUCGACUGGUCGAUCGUAUUACCAACUCAAAGUAUUAAAAGUUCUGAAGAUAAUAACAACUGGGACAUUCAAAACCAGUCUUUGGUCGUUUGGCGGGAUUCAGUGUAAUAGGGUGUACGUUUUUUCGAUUUUAUUUUCUUUAAACUAGGAAGGUAGUUCGUUCAUGGUCCCCUUCUUCUACACGUUCUUGUGCAGUGGAACCCUGUUGACAAGGCAAAUAACCUCAGAGGUACUCCCUAUUAUACUCUACAGGGGAAGUAUCCACCCGAAAAAUGUAAUUUUAAAGGCUUCAGACUGAGACUUAAAACACACUGGGAUUUGAUCAAAAUAUUCCGAACACUGUAUAUUAGUAGCUGUUUCAUUUUAAUAUAUUAAGUCUUCAGAAGUAGUACCUUUAUCAAAAAUUGAUAAAAAGGGGUGAAGUAUUGGACCAUGGGGCGUAGCCUUCCUAUAUAAAAAUUUUCUCCGGUUAGACCUCCCUUCCCCUCUUAUCAGGAGUAGGUGGAGGGGAAGGGGUUUCCCUCUGGGCCAUAAAAAGUUUUGGCCGUAAUAACGAGGCGGCAGUUUUUCUUUUUUGUGAGUUGGCACAGACACGCUCAGUUUAAAGGAAUAUAUAUUUUCCUUUUCAGUUGGUUUUCCUUUCAAAGAUUAGUUUGCUGUUUUGCCAGGACAAAUCAAAGUGAUUCAAUUAGGCAACAGUUGAAGUGGCCGUGUAGCAGGGUUCCGCUAAUACUGAAAACAUAAAGUCACGCCGUCUCAUGUCGUUUCCUAGGAUAAAACAUUGAGAAACCACUUGCUAUCUUCAAAUUUUGCCUUUUCUUUUUCAGUUUUCUCAACUGUUUCAAGCCAAACGCUUUCUACAACCUUUAAUCAAGUGUUUGAUAGCCAAAGUAAGUAAUACACUUUUACUCUGUACUUUAUCAUUACGGCUAAACUCAUACACUCGUCUUACAACGAAAAAAACCAAACCAGCAAUUAUGCUCUACCUUGGGACUUUAACCCUGGGGCGUACAAGGGGGGAUGUUCUUGGUCGUCUGUCAGUUAAGCCGUGAUGUUAUUGGCUGUGAAGACUUGUAAUCAGUAGUUGGUGCGUUUCGAUCCGCCUUUGGUCACAGUUAAACAGUAGUCGAUUGUUAGUCAAAUUUUCAGUUCUCCAGUCGUUCUCUCGUAGUUAGUUUUGCUUCAUCUCGUCAUUAAGUCGUUUGUACAGCGCUGGUAACUGUUGGCUACGAUUCAGUGGCGUUUGUUCUGAGUUAGUAAACCAGCUUUCAACUGAAUCUAGUAACUGAUUUUAUCGGUUUCAAAUUCAUCACUUUCCAGAAUUUUAUUUUAACGAAAUACCGAUCUCACUAAUCCUAAUAGUCAACUAAAAAUGUUCUGAUUAAAUACGAACUAUUGGUUUUCAUUUUCCAUGUGACAAUUUUUUUAAAAGCUUCUACGGCCACCUCUGUACAACCAACAACAGCUUCUCAAAAAGCGAUAGAUCAAAGUAAGUUAAGAUGACUGUAGUCUUAUGACAUAUUUAGAUGGGUUUCAAUUGGUUCUUAGUUUGACCUAGUUUUUUAGGCAUCAUUGUCUGGCUUAAGAGCACCUUCGUAAGGUUCAUUGCCAUCGACACGCUGCGUGCACGACGAAUUUACAAACCUCGGCUUCGCGAGGCCUCAUUUUUGACCUGGAGUUUGAUACACAUUUUUUUCAAAGUCUCAACCAACAACAGCUUCGCGAAAGCCAACUGUUAAAAUUGAGUAUAUUAUCUCUUUCUUGCAGUUAGGUGGUCAUGGUUCAUAGUAUUUCACAAUGUCGGCAUCGGUUAAAUGGGAUCUGUCCAUUUCAAAAAGAGUUUAAAGAACCCAGGAGUUAAAAGGACCCAGGAUAAUGCUUCAUUAAUAUACGACUAUUAUAUUUAAUCUAAAAUUUGAUAAUCUUUUUUAAAGCUUCUAUGGUCACCACUGUACUUCCAACAAAAAGUUCUCUCAAGUCUUUCGAUCAAAGUAAGUAGAAUCAUAAUACUUUUAAUGCUUUUAUAUAGGCUUGUUUUCUACUAUUCCGUAACAUUUCCCGGUUUGAAAGCACUAUAAUUUGCAAUUCAACAAAUUUUAUGAAUUGUAAUUAGAACUUUUUCCUCUUAACUACCGAUCUCAUGCAUUCUUAUAGCACAUUUAUUUAAAGAUGUUCUUGUGAUACCAAUUUUAUUUGAAGUUUUUAAACGUAAUUUGAAGACUCACCUUUUCAAAAAAGCCUUUUCUGAUAUAAUGUUGUAAUUUAUAGACUAGAUAAUUAUUCAUUCGUGUAAUUUGACUAUAUAUUGUUAUAUAUUUUUUGGAUCUUUAAUUGUAAGGCGCAUUUGAAAACUGUGUAGUUGAAUUUGCGCGGUAUAAAUAAAUGUUAUUAUUAUUAUUAUUAUUAUUAAUUUUUAAUUCAAUUUUUUUUUUAAGCCUCAAAGGUCACCUCUGUACAACCAAAAACAUCUUCUCAAAAGCUUUCCGAUCAAAGUAAGUUGAUUAUUGUAGAUGCGAUUGAUUUUUAGGUCACUAUUGGUGACGUUAGAGGCCUCCAGCAGCGCCACCACCCAUAAAAUAUACCUGUCAUCUUAUUGAGAAGAUGAGGGGAUUUUUACUGAAGACAAAAUCUUUUCCAAAUAUUGCAUCAUAUCAAAAAGUCAAGGGAGAGGUUCCAUCAACCUCCCUCUUUUGUGCAACGGUGGGGGUAUGACUUUACUUGUGCGUCCGAGGGUUAAGUUGAUUUAGUUUUUAAAGCCUCUGCCAUUACCAAUGUGCAGCUAACAACAGCUUCACGAAAGUCUUCAGUUGGAAGUCCGUAUGAUUUUAAACCUUUGCAGUUUGGUUGUCUUGGCUUUUAGAAUUUUGGUUUUAGGGUUCCCUGUCCAAAUGUAAAAUUAAAAGUUCAUUUUUCAAGAGUUUAAAGGGACGCAGGAAUCCCAAAAUUAAUGUAUUGACGUUUCAUUAAUAUUACUUACCGUUGUAUUUGAUCUAGAAUUUGUUAAAGCUUCUACAGUCUCCUCGGUACAACCAAUAACAGAUUCUCAAAAGCCUUCCGAUAGCGAUCAAAGUAAGUAAAUUAUCGUAAUAAGAGUUUGAAGGACCCAGGAGUCCAAAGUUUAUAACAGAGAUGUUUCAAUAAUAUUUACCAUUGUUUUUAAUCUAAAAUUUGAUACUCAUUUUUAAAGCAUCUAUGGUCACCUCAGCACAACCAACUACAGCUUCUCAAAAGCCUUCCGACCAAAGUAAGUUGAUUAUUUUGAUCUUAUGCAAUUGCAUGUCGAUGGGUCUUGUUCCUACGUGUAGUUUAGUAUUAGGUGUCAUUGAGCUGUUUUAAGGCCUCCUCUUUAAUUUUGACCGCGGUCGACGCGCUGCGCGCGCGACGAAUCUUCGCGAGGCCUGAAAUUUUAUACAUAUUUUUUAUAGCCUAUACGGUCACCAGUGUACAACUAAAUACUACAGCUUCGCGAAAACCUUCCGAUGAAAAUGAUUAUAUUUUCAUUCUUUUGCAAUCGGUGCCGUCUUGGUGUCUUCGUUCUUAAUAUUUCGCAAUAUUGUUCGGUUUUAGAGUUUCCUGAAUUUCCUCAGCAGAUUUCAGAAGUUGAUUUUUAAGAGUUUCAGUGACGUAGGAGUCAAAAGUUUAUAACAAAAAUGUUUCAUUAAUAUUUACUGUUUUAUUUACUGAUAUGAAAUUUGAUAAUCCUUUUUUAAGCCUCUACGGUCACCAUUGUACCACCAGCAACAGCUUCUCAAAAGCCUUCCGAUCAAAGUGAGCAUAUUUUCAAACUUUUGCAGUAAGGAACGGUGAAAUAGGCAAAAAAAUCAAAACAUGCAACUUGUUUUGCAACAUUGCUGCAAAACUAGCUAAAUGCGAUGUUGGGCAUUUUACCACUCACGAAUCAAAAACCUAUCCGGAAAAAAUCAAAUUGAUGCAAGUUGCGAAAAAAUGUUGCAGAAAGUAGAAAGUAGUUCUACUUCCUACAACAAAAUCUCUACACGCUGCGCUGGUUUUGCAGCAUGUGACGUAACUCCCAUCAGGAGCCUAUCAAAUGGGCUCCUGCUCCCAUAUAUGGCGUGACUCCCGCGUAAUAUUAACCAAUCAGAAUUCGAAGUCAGUCUUCCCGUAACUUGCAACAACCUGAUUUGUUUCAAGGCAGGUUUGAACGUGGAUGGUAAAACGCGCAACACUGCUCUACACAUCGCUCGGCAGCAAUGUUGGAAAACGAGUUACACGUUUUUGUAUCCGUUUUACGGUAGCCUUAGAUGGUUAUCAGGUUCUUAGUAUUUGACAACAUGACUUGCCCUUAGAGUUCUUUUUAAUUUUCAUCAAUUUCCUGGCACUUACCCCGGUCUUUGAUUUUUAAUUUUCGUCAACUUCUUAACACAUAACUCAGUCUUAAGGGCUCCCGGCUUUAAUUCUCAUCAAUUUCUAGACGUUUAUUAGUCAAUUAAUGCGGUUUUUGUGGGUUUGGUUCUUAGAACAUAACAUUUCCUGGUAUAUUCAUGACACGCAUUUUUAAAACUGAUCAAUUUCUAAAAAAUAUCCUCCUGCAGAAAUUGACUCAUGAAUCUUAAUAGAACAUUUAACGAUAUUUUGUUAGUACUAAGUACUAUUCUAAUUUUGAUUGUUUUAAAGCCUCUACGUUUACCUCUGUAAAACCAUCAAUUACUUCACAAAAGCCUUCCCAUCAAAGUGAGUAAAUUAUUUUACUAGUUAGGUACUAGUUAAGCUUAAUGAUUGUCAACUUGGUAUUUCUCGUCCUCGCGCGGUUUUAAGAGCCAGAUUCUGUAUUUUUUCACCAACUUUCUAAAUUUGAUUUUCAUGAAGUAACAGAAUCGGGUAUCCUAAUAAUGCAUUCGGCACGCAGCGAUGAAACGAAGAUUCCCAAGCAUCUUUUUCAAUUUUUUUUUUUUUUGAUUAAUUUCUUCUAAAGCCUCGCUCUACCGUAACCACUGUACAACUUGCAUCAGCUUCUCGAAAUCCCUUUGAUCAAAGUGAGUGUAUUUUUCUGGUUACACUUUCCAGUUUUGAGUUGUACUAAGUCAGUUAUAUUAUCAGCGUUGUCGUAUUUCGUAGUAUUACUCAACCAUUCCUUGGUUUCUCGCAACAAUGUGAAAACGGAGGUCGCAAAGGGGCAAAGAUGGUAAAUGCCACAUUUGCACACCCAAAAGCCCAGGGUUGUAAGUAUGAUGACAAAUGUUCCAUUUAAUAUCUUCGCCCCAGAAUUACUCAUCAGUUUUCACAUUUUUGCGACAUAUUUGCCGAGAGCGGCAAUUUUUCUUAGACUUUCAGAAGUCUAUCAAUUCAUCCGCGAUAUAGGGAUCCUAACUAUGUGUUACUCAUGUUCUAGCAAUUCCUAGGGUUAUGUUUAAUCCAAAAUUUGAUUUUUUUUUAAAGCCUCUACUGCCACCACUGUAAAACCGACAACAGCUUCCCAAAGGUCUUCCCCUGACCCAAGUGAGUGUAUCAUCUGAGAUUCCGAUGCAUUUCUAGUAGCGGAGCUCCACGCGCGCGAGCGGAGCCCCACACCUAAGAAAAUUUGGUAAUCUGUCCAUCCGCCCAUUCCUUCCGCACCACAGCGAAACCAAUGUGAAAUAUCAAACUUUCUAGCUAACGUGGGAGCCUGUAACCUGUGUUUAACUUGAUGUUAGACAUCCUUAUCAUGGUCAAUUGACAGCUGUCAAAACAGGGUAUCCGCUGACGUGAGCUUCGCUUUUAGCUCUGGCUAAAUCUAUAUAUUACUAUUGCACGGUUUACUAAGAAAACCGCGAAGACUUGAAAAAUUUCAGGAAAGUUAAUUGUUUACUGACCAAUCACAAUAAAGUUCAGACACGCGACCAUACCUCAAAACCAAAAAACUAACUACCUUUGCUGUUUGCAGUUUAGUUCUCUCACGCCUUAUUAGCUUUUUCCUCGCAACACAACAUUCCAUAAAUAUUUCUGAUGGUUAACGGUCUUGUGAGUUUCACAGUAAAACAGGCACUACAUCAAUUUCAGGACUUUUAUUUUAUUCUCGUGAAGCACCAAACUCAUCAAUCCUAUUACAUUUAACUAUGUUCCGAGAAUAGGAAGUGUUAUUAUAUAUUUUUAAUUGUGAUGUUUUUAAAGCCUUUACAGCCUUUACAGUCACCUCUGUAAAACCAACAACAGCUUUUCCAAAGCCUUCCAAUCAAAGUAAGUAGGUUUUUAUAACCUUACGCUGUUGCUUGUAAUUGACUUGGUUCUUAGUUUAGUGUUAUACAUUAUUUCGUGGCUUUAGAGCUCUGUGAUUUUCACCAACCUAGAUAUUAAUAUUCAUUAUAAGGUUUAGUCUAAAAUUAAAUUUGGUUUAUUUUUAGAAGAGUCUACAGCCACCACUGCACAACCAACAACAGUUUCUCGAAAGCUAUCUGAUCAAAGUGAGUGUAUAUAUUACCAUUAAUACUUAUAUGCAUUUAUGCGAGCUUCGUUCUUAGUGUUAUUAGGCAACAAGGCCUACCAGAAUCUUAUUCUCAAAAAGUACCAAACUAAUGAAUCGUAACUGCACAUUUAACCACGCUGUUCUUGUAAUACCAAGUAUCGUGUUCAAUAUUUGAAAUUUAAUGUGUUUAUUUGUUGAAGCAUUUACGGCCACCAUGACUGUACAGCCGACAACAGCUUCUCGAAAGCCGUCCGAUCAAAGUGAGUAGAUUGUCAUGCCUAUACAUUCUGAUUGUCAUGCCUAUACAGUAUUAUUGUCUGGUUUUAAAACACUACUUAAAUUCAUGAAUUUCCAGAAUAAUAUUCUCAUGAAGUACCAAACUCAUGAAUCCUAAUAUUAAUGUUUUGGUAUUAUUUCUAAUUUAAAUCUAAUGUCUUUAAAGCCGUUACAGUCACCUUUGUAGAACCAACAACAGUUUCCCCAAAGCCUUCCCAUCAAAGUAAGUAGAUUUUACUUUUACGCAGUCACUCGUUGAUAAGAUCUGUCUUUAAAGCAUUGCACAACAUUUGCCGGUUUUAGAGCUCUGUAUUUUUCUCAAACGCAAAGAUUUUGUUUUGAUUCAUGAAAAACGCGCGCAAGUAUCCUAGUAAUGUAUUUCGUUACGUUCUGGCAAUUGUAUGGUUUAAUGUUAAUUUAAAUAUUUUAUGUAUGUUUUUAAUGCCUCUACAGUAACCACUUUACAACCAAUAUCAGUUUCACGAAAUCCUUUCGAUCAUGGUGAAAACGGAGUUCUCAAAAUCAUGCAUUAUUCUGAUUGGUUCCGUUGAAUCGUUGUGGCAGCUUCAAGUUCUUUUACAAGGUCAUUUAUUGCCUGUGAAUGAGCUGAAACUUUUAAAUUAUACAACUUUCCUUUGAAACAUGGGCUUAGUUUUAUAAGCACUAGCUAAUUCUGAGUUUAAUACAUUAAAACCUCUAUGGUCACCUCUGUGAAAAGAGAAACAGCUUCUCAAAAGGCUUCCGAUCAAAGUGACUCGAUUGUUCUAAUCCUAUGCAGUCACAUGUAAGUAAGCUUGGUCCUUGCUUAGUAUUCCGGGUAAUUGUGUUGUAUAAGAGAGAUUUUCACCAGCUUCUAGAAUUUUAUUUCCAUGAAGUGAUGGAAACCUACGUAAAAGUAAAACAUUCUCUAUCAUGUGAUAGUUGUAUAUAAGACCUGCGGAAAUGAAAGUAAAUGGAGAAGUGACCCUCGCAGUUGUGUUGUAAUUAAACUAAAAUUUGAAAUUUCUUUAAAGCCUCUGUAGUCAACUCUGUACAAGCAACAACAGCUUCUACAACGCCUUCCGAUAAAAGUGAGUAAAUUUUUAUACUUUUGCAGUUAGGUCUUAAUGUUUCUAGUAUUGCUCGGUUUUAAACUCCUUUUAAAAAUAAGUUUGUUUCAUGACGUUUAGCGCACAUAAAUCCUAUUAAUACAUUUUAAACACGUUCCGAAAAAAAAAAAAAACUAGACUAGAAAAAGUGUUAUGCGCACUAGGUGAGGCGCAUUACAAAACAAGGGAAUUUAUAAUUUUAAUUAAUCCUAAUAUUACUUAAUUUGAGUAGCUAUGUUGUGGUAAUACCAAGUAUUUAUUCUUAUUUUUAAUUUAAUGUUUUUAAAGCCUCAACAGCAACCUCUGUAAAACCAACAACAGCUUUUCCAAAGCCUUCCAGCCAAAGUGAGUAGGUUUCAAUUAUAGUCGAUCUCACGCAGUUUAUACUUGUAAUUCAUUUGGUUCUGAGCUUAGUAGUACACAUGAUUUCGUGGUCUUAGAGCUCUGUAAUUUUCACCAACAUCGAUUUUUUUGUUUUUAUGAAUAUCGCGCAGCCGCACAGCCUAAAAAUGCAUUUAGUACGUUUUCGUUAUAUAUCGUAUUUGGCUAAAUUUCCCAAAAAAUUAUAUUUUUUUCAAAAUCUCUUCAGUCACCACUGUGCAACCAUCAUCAGAGUCUCCAAAGCCUCUCGUUUAAGGUGAGGGAGGAAUUCGCGGCAUCCUGCGUUCUGAUUGGUCCCGUUGAAUCGUUGUGGCAACUUCGUUUACAAGUGUUGUUGUUAUUUGUGAAUGAGCGAAACAUGGGCUUUAUGAGCACUAACUAAUUCUGAAUUUGAUUUAUUUUUUAAAGCCUCUACGGUCAUCUCUCUACAAACGACAAGCGCUUCUCGAACCCCUUCCGAUGCAAGUGAGUAUAUUUUUACACUUUUUCAGUUAGGUUGUCCUAUUUCUCAGUAUUUUGAAAUGUUGCUCGGUCAUGUGCAGCUAUGUGGGCUUGUUUCUUAUUAUUACGUAACAUUGCCACUUUUAAAAUCACUUAGUCUAUUAAAAUUCAUCUAUUUCCACUUUUGUAUUCUCGUAAAAUACAUGAAUAGAUUUAACUUUGUCCUGGUAAUAACACGUAUUAGAUUUUAAGGCUUAACAGUCAUCACUGUACGUGACUGUAUAACCAAUAACAGCUUCUCUAAAAGCUUCCCGACAAAGUGAGUAUACUCGCAUUUUUAUCUUUUGUCGUUUGGAGAGCUUCUGUAAUUUGAACCAACAUCCAGGAUUUUCUUUUUACAAGAAGUACUAAACAAAGACAUCCUGGAUGCAGUUUUAGCACGUUUUGGCAAUACAUAGUAUUUCACGUAAUUUUAAAGUGUGAUGCCGAUGUUUUUAAAGCAUCCACGGCCUUCACUCUACAACCAGCAACAGCUUCUCAAAAACCUUCCGAUCAAAGUGAGUAUGUCUUUUUGGUCCAGGUUUUCAACAUCUUCUAUCAAAACCCAGCAUAACAUUUUAUCUUAUAAAAUUUACUUUUCUUAAAGCCUCUCCGGUCACUACUGUACAAUCAACAACAGCUUCCCGAAAUUUUCCCGAUCAAAGUGAGUAAAUCAUUAUGUCUAUGCAUUUUCAUCAUUACUAUUCUUAGUACUAUAAUUAUAAGUUUUAAAAAGGAACUACUAAAACAAACAUCAUCAUUUCCAGAAUUUUAUUCUCAUGAAGUACAGUGGAACUCAGUUAAUAUGCCUGGACACUAUGGAGACAUGAGAUAGUGUCCUUAUUAUCCAGGAGUCUUGUGUUCAGUGGGUUUAAAUGAAAUAUAUGAGAUUUUUCAGUGUCGGGACAAUCGGAAGUGUCCAUUAUAUACGGGUGUCCGUAUUAAGCGGGUGUCAUUAAUCCUAAUAUUAUAUUUGACUAGCUGUGUUCUGGUAAUACUAAGAAGUCAUUCUUAUUUUGAAUUUCGAUGUUUUUUAAGCCUUAACAGUGACCUCUGUAAAACCAACAUCAACUUUUCUAAAGACUUCUAAUCAAAGUAAGUAAGUUUUCAUAGUCUUACGCAGUUACAUAUAAUUGGACUUGGUUCUAAUUAUUACACAUUAUUUUGUGGUAGAGCUCUGUAAUUUUCACCAACUUCGAUAUUUUGGUUUUUAUGAAUACCGCGCACAGCCUAAUAAUGCAUUUUAGUACGCUUUCGUAAUAUCUUGUUUUGGGUUAACUUCAAAAUUUUAUAUUUCUUUCAAGUCUCAUCGGUCACCACUGUGCAACCAACUUCAGCCUCUCGAAAGCCGUUCGAUCAAGGUGAGGAUGUAAUUUUGUAAAUCCUGCAUUCUGAUUGUUCCAAUCGCUCUGGCAACAGUUCGUUCACAAGUAUUGUUGUUGUUGUUGUUUGUAAAUGUGCGAAACAUGGGCUUUAUAAGCACUAGCUAACCGUCUGAAUUUAAUUUAUUUUUUAAAGCCUCUACGGUCACCUCUCUACAAACAACAACCGCUUCUCGAACGCCUUCCGAUAAAAGUGAGUAUAUUUUUACACUUUUUCAGUUAGGCAGUCAUAUUUCUUAGUAUUUUGCAAUAUUGCUCGGUUUAUAUGCUGUUAUGUGGGCUAUAUCAUAAAGACUUUUGCUCUUGGGCCAUCGUGGCUUGAUAAGAAAUAGAACUCAAACAGCGGUAAUAAACAUAUUCAGCUUAUUCAUAUUUUUAUAAACUUGACGUUUCGUAUGCUACUCAACAUGCAUUUUCAAAGGUACCGUUACAAUUUUGAAAACUGUACAUACAUAAUAGUAAACGGGACUGGGACCGAGAUUAAGCACAAAAAUUUUCAGUUAAUCUAUGAAAACAAACAGCUGAUUAAUAAAGCAUCAGCUUCUCGCUACUGACCUUUACAUUGAAAGCUGGCUUCAGUUCAGGUAUAGGCAAUGUUUCUUUGAUUUAUUGGGGCUGGUUCCUUAUUACUACGCAACAUUGCCCAGUUUUAAAAUCACUUAGCAGUCUAUUAAAAUUCAUCGAUUUCCACAUAUGUGUAUUCUCGUUUGUCAUUAAGUACUGAACUCGUGAAUCCUUAAGGAACCUUAAACUUCGUUCUGGAAAUACCACGUAUCAUUUUUUUUUUAAAUUUUGGUUUAACUACUUUUUAAAGCUUGGCAGUCAUCGCUGUAUAACCAAUAACAGCUUCUUUUUAGAGAAGCUGUUGUUGGUUAUACAGUGAUGACUGCUAAGCUUUAAAAAGUAGUUAAACCAAAAUAUAUAAAUUUAAAAAUGAUACGUGGUAGUGAGUACAUGGCAUCUAUUCCUGUUUUGAGAGCUCCUGUAAUUGAAACCAACAUCGAGGAUUUUCUUUUUUCAAGAAGUAAUACACAAAGGUAUCCUGAAUGCAGUUUUAGCAAGUUUUGGCAAUACCUAGUGUUUCGUGUAAUUUUAAAGUGUGAUGCCGAUUUUUUGAAGGAUCUACGGCCAUCACUGUACAACCACCAACAGCUUCUCGAAAACCUUCCGAUCAAAGUGAGUAUGUAUUUUUGGUGCAGGUUAUAGUAUUUGUACUAUUGCUUAGUGGUUUUAGUCUUCCUUUGAUUUCCGUCCAUGUUUUCAACAUCUUCCAUUAACACUCAGUGUAACACUUAAUCUAAUGAAUUUUAUUUUUGUUAAAGCAUCUCCUGUCACCACUGUACAACCGACAACAGCUUCCCCAAGUUUUCCCGAUCAAAGUGAGCAUAUUGUUAUGUCUUGCCUUCUUAUCGUAUCAUUACUAUUCUUAGUAUUAUUGGAAGUUUUAAAAAAGAACUACUAAAACAAAUAUUAUCAUUUCCAGAAUUUUAUUCUUAUGAAGUACAGUGGAACUCAGUUAAUUCGGGUGACCAUAUUAAGCGGGUGUCUGUAGAGAGGGGUUCCACUGUACCAAAGUCAUUAAUACUAAUAUUGAAUUUGACUGGCUGUGUUCUGGUAAUAUUAAGUAUUGCUUCUUAUUUUGAAUUUGAUGUUUUUUAAGCCUUAACAGUAACCUCCGUAAAACCAACAUCAGCUUUUCCAAAGACCUCCAAUCAAAGUAAGUAGGCUUUUAUAGUCUUACACAGUCACAUGUAAUUAGACUUAGUUCUUUUCUUAGUAUUAAACAUUAUUUUGUGGUUUUAGAGCUCUUUAAUUUUGACCAACUUCAAUAUUUUUGUUUUAUUUUAUGAAUACCGCACACAGCCUAUUAAUGCAUUUUGGUACGUUUUCGUAAUAUAUUAUAUUUGAUUGAAUUUCAAAAUUUUAUAUAUUUCUUUUAAGUCUCUUCGGUCACCACUGUGCAACCAACUUCAUCCUCUCGAAAGCCUUUCGAUCAAGGUGAGGGCAGAAUUCUCGAAAUCCUGCAUUCUGAUUGGUCCCGUUGAAUCGUUGGGGCAGCAGUUCGUUUACAAAAUAAGUUUUGUUGUUGUUGUUGUUUUUAAAUGUGCGAAACAUGGGCUUUAUGAGCACAAACUAACUCUGAGUUUAAUUUAUUUUUUAAAGCCUCUACGGUCACCUCUCUACAAACAACAACCGCUUCUCGAACGCCUUCCGAUAAAAGUGAGUAUANAUUAUUUUGUGGUUUUAGAGCUCUUUAAUUUUGACCAACUUCAAUAUUUUUGUUUUAUUUUAUGAAUACCGCACACAGCCUAUUAAUGCAUUUUGGUACGUUUUCGUAAUAUAUUAUAUUUGAUUGAAUUUCAAAAUUUUAUAUAUUUCUUUUAAGUCUCUUCGGUCACCACUGUGCAACCAACUUCAUCCUCUCGAAAGCCUUUCGAUCAAGGUGAGGGCAGAAUUCUCGAAAUCCUGCAUUCUGAUUGGUCCCGUUGAAUCGUUGGGGCAGCAGUUCGUUUACAAAAUAAGUUUUGUUGUUGUUGUUGUUUUUAAAUGUGCGAAACAUGGGCUUUAUGAGCACAAACUAACUCUGAGUUUAAUUUAUUUUUUAAAGCCUCUACGGUCACCUCUCUACAAACAACAACCGCUUCUCGAACGCCUUCCGAUAAAAGUGAGUAUAUUUUUACGCUAUUUCAGUUAUACAGUCUUAUUUCGUAGUAUUUUGCAAUAUUGCUCGGUUUAAGAGCUCUUACUGUUUAGUUUUAUCUAAUAAACAGAAAUUUACCUACAUGAUGUACAGAUUACACUAUGCAAUAUUUUAGAAGUUUCAAUUAAUACCCAUUAUAAGACUUACGAACUUCUACUCGUAUGCAGUGAGAUGCAGGUACUGAGCUUGGUCUCAGCUUAGUAUUCCGGGCAAUUGUCAAGUUAAUAGUAAUUGUAAUUUGAAAAUUUUAAUUUGCCUACAUGCGAAGCACUUAGGAAUUCUUAUGAACUCGUUAAAACGUGUCCGUGCGUUCCAGAUCGAAUUGGAAUUUGGACUGAAGUGUUAGUUUUUGAGGAGAAAGGGAAAACGGGAGUACCCGGAGCAAAACCUCUCGGAGGCCGGGAGAGAACCAACAAAAAAAUCAACCCAAAUAUGGUUUCGACGUCGGGAUUUGAAGCCGGGGCCUCAUUGGUGGGAGACGAGUGCUCUCAUCUCUGCGACAUCCUUACUCCCUUGCACCCUUUCGCUGUUUAAGAGAUCCUGUGAUUCUCACCAACCUCGACACGAUUUUAUUUUCAUGAAGUACCCAGCACAGGUAUCCUUACAAAGCAUUUCGGCACGUUUCGGUGAUACCAAGUGUCUUCCCUUCAUUUUCAAUUCUUCAGUCUGUCUUUACUUUUCAGCCCGCCACCAGCCUAAAAAUAGCCAGGAUAUUUCCAAUCAGUUUGAUGGAAAGGAUAGUUAAUCUGCAUGCUGAAAAAAAACAACUCCGAGUGCAAUUCGCAAUCCUUCGACUUUAUUCUUUUUUUUUCUUACAUUCUAUACAUUCUGCUGGCUUUAAAAUCCUUAUUAUUUUUUAAAAGUCAAAACAAUUUACUAGUUGAGCUAUUGGAGUUCCUAAUAAAAAGCUAGGAGAGUACCGGAAAAGCAUCUCGCGAUCAUCUUGUCAGAGGACAAAGUAUCGAUUUGCUUAAAUUAAAUUAUCUUUGAAUCGUGGGAACAAUAAGCUAACACUUUACUCAGAGAGUCAAAGGACGCGACAUGCGUCGGCAUCUUUUGUAAGCGCGCAAAUAGUCACGGGAACAACGGUUUAACGCCGACGCUUUUCAAUAGGCGCCAUUCCAUAGUGAGUAUGUUGUUGUAGCCAGCGUGUCCAGUUUUAAUACUUGUUAUAAUGUUUUCUGGCCCUUUUUUUCUUAGUUUUACAUUACGCAAUAUUUCUCGGCUUAAGAUCUCCCUUAAUUUCUUCGUCAACUUCCAGAUGGUUCAUGAUUUACAGGACAAAGAAAACCUAAGUAUAAAUACAUAGAUGAAAAAAAAAAUUAAUUGUUUCCGUUACAAGAUAAUUUAACCAAACAACAAAAACAAGAAACAAAACAACAAACAACAAUAACAAAAACAUUGAAAAAUUGCAACAAAAAGCAGGAAAUAAAAGAAAUGUCAAAAACAAUUAGAUAAUAAAAGUGAUAAAUGAGAUAGAACUAGCUAUUUACAAAUUCAAUUAGUGAUUGGAAAGAAGUAGUGACUAGUCGCUUCUUAAACAUGUUGACUGAAUCAGUAGAUUUAACAUUAUCACUGAUGCCAUUCCAAAGCCACUCUCUGUAGGAGAAGGACCGCUGACUGACGGCAUCUCGGAAGGUACAGCUGACAACUCUGUCAUGUGCUUCUCGUGUGAAUUUGGCUUCGUCGGCUGAAUUUCUCGGCCAUGUAAUUAUGAACGAGAUUGUUUAUACAUUUGAACGUCAUUACAGCGUCAUUCAAGCAUACUUUGUCACUAACAGGUAGCCAGUUUUCAAGAUUUAAUUCCUUGUGAAAUAUGAUCGAAAUUUUGAGACCAGGUACGAUUCGUGCUACUAAGUUCUGGACUGACUGUAGUUUCUUGAUGUUGCGUUUGCUGGUAUUGGACCCGAGACGAAGAGCAAUAAUAGAGUUUGCUGAAAACAAGGGAACUCUAAUAGGAGUCAAACAUGUUCCAUCAGUUUAUAGUCAUGUUAUAAUUAAACUAAAAUUUGAAAUUCCUUUAAAUCCUCUACAGUCACCUCUGUACUAAAAGCCUCUACAGUCACCUCUGUACAAAAAGCCUCUAUAGUCACCUCUGUACAAAAAGCCUCUACAGUUACCUCUGUAGAAACAACAACUUCCUCAAUGCCUUCCGUUAAAAGUGAGUAAAUUUUUAUUCUUUUGUAGUUAGGUAUUGGUUUAUAGUAUUGCUCGAUUUUAGAACUCCUCUGAUGCCAACCAAUUUCAAGAAGUUUAUAUUCACGACGUUCAGAACGCCUUUAAACACCUUUUAGAAAAAGCUAGUAAAAUUUAUAUUUGUUGUAAAAUUUGUUAUUUUUUAAGCCUCUACGGUCACCACGGUACACUCCCCAACAACAGUGUCUCCUAAGCCUUCCGAUCAAAGUAAGUAUAUACAUACACGCAUUUUGCAUCUAUUUGAGGUUGGUUACGUUGUCAGUAUUACGCAUCUUGUAGCGUGGUUUUAGAGCAGUCAGUAAUUUUCACCAAAUUCCAGAAUUUCAUUUUCAUUACCGCACGUGGCCUUAUACCAAGUAUUGCAAUUGACUUUAAAAGUGUUUUGAACAAUAUUGAUCAAAAUAAGGCUUACUCUACGGUUUUCUCCACUUCGCCGCUUGUAGCGUAGCAUUUAUGUUCAACAAAAAGCCCGGUUGCUCGAACCAUUCUAUGUGCCUGGUUGUGCUGUUUCUCAUUGUAAACCAUUGUAAGUGUGCUCAGUCACUUACGUCAAGUUAUAAAGAGACACAGAAGUCAUACACAAGUCCUUAGCAAGCCAAGCCACAUCUUCUUUCAAAUCCUACGGCGAGAGGCCAUAGGAGUUACUUCAUGUCUUCCCCCCCCUAGUACUUUACAGAAGAGUGAAGAAAAUAAAAUGAACUUACCUGCACGGCAGAGUAGGAAGUCAACUUCAUCGGUAAUACCUUUCCGAAAUUUGCUGAGCCCGUAAGUUUGCAGGUAGUAGAAACAUGACGAUUACAUUCACUAAGAAAGAAUAAUUUCGUUUCACCGUCCAAGCAACGUAGAUUUAACCUUCGAUCAGGCAGUCGUUUUUCCCAUUAUCUAUGAGAAGUGAGGGACAAAGGAUUUUAUUUUUACCGGAAAUUGUUUAGGUGGAAUCGAUUAACACCGCUGACCAGGACUGGUUGCAUAUUGACGGGGAUGUCAAAGAGUGGCUACUAGUUCAACUUUCUAAGCUUUUGGACUUGAGGUUUCGGAUUUUAAUACGUAGAUAAUUCCGAUGCUUGGCUUAAUGACUAAAAAAUAUUGAGGUUUAACUCUUUUCGGGGCGACUGGUGGCAUCUGAUGAAGAAAUACGCCGUAAAUGCGAAGUGGAAGCGUGCGUAUUAUGGGGCUUGGCUUGCUAACGGACUUGUGUAUGACUUCUGUUUCACUUUAUAACUUGCUGUAAGUGACUGAGUAGACUUACAAUCAGGGGUUUGCAAUGGGAAACAGCACAACCGGGCACGUACAUGGAAUAGUUUCGUACAACUGGGUUUUUUGUUGAAUAUUAAUGCUACGCUACAAGCGGUGAAGUGGAAAAAACCGUAACGUAAGCCUUAUCUUAAAACACUGAAAACCAGUUAUAAUUUUUUUUUACCAGAAAAUGACUCGGUGCAUAAUAUUCUUUGAUACUGAAGGUAGUUUUAGUGUUUUAGAUAUUUUUUGGCGAGUAGAUAGAUUGUCAACUGCGAUGAAAUAUACAAAAACUGAAAUUUGGGGUUUGUUUGUUAAUUGCCCUUGGAAAAACUUUGCUUGACUGACAGAGAAUUGCUCUUAAACUUGGUUUAUUGUUUAAGGUUCUACGGUCACAUCUGUAAAGCCAACAACAUCCUCCCAAAAGCCUUCUGCUCAGAGUAAGUAAAUUUUUAUAGUCUUAUGAAGUUACAUGUAGGUUAGCUUGGUUCUUACCAGGGGGUUCCUUAGCUUAGUAUGUCUUAAAAUUGCUCAUGAUAGAAGGCAUUUAAAUUUGUUAACUUUAAGAUUAUAAUUCAUGAAGUGUAGAAGACAGGAAACCUUAUUUCAGUAACUUCAAGUACAGUAUUAUAUAUCUUAACUAGACUCAGCUCAGAAACUCAGCUCUUACCCUGACCUGACAGCCACCCCGCCCCCCCACCCCCCCGAGGAGGUGGGUUAAGGGAAUGUUUUCAUUGGCCAAUCGGCCUCAGAAAUUUAAAGAAUUUGGCAUGACAAACUAGAAGCAGGCACAUGAUUAGUGAAUUGAUUCUCCAGAGGGACUAACGGAUAAUACCACACUUUUGCAGCACCCUCCCUUGCUAGGGAUUUACAUGGAGACCCCUUCCCACCCUAUGGCAAGUUAGCUCAGAGACUGAGCUUGACUAUGAGACCAACCAGGACACCAAGCCCCCUAAGAAAAUGCUCACCAUAGUGACCAGAAACCUGGCUAUCGCCAGGUUCCUGUGCGAAUAUUCUGGGCCUUUUGGAGGCGCGUUUUCAAAAAUUCGGCAAGAUAUAUUUUUUCAACAACACCGCCAUUACUUUUUUGGAAACACUAUCAUCUGUAUAAAAUUAAGUUUAAAAACUGCUAUGAUUUUGUUCGUAUGGAAUUUAAAUGGAGCUGUUUUAGUUGACAUUUAACAAGACUCAUUAUUGUUAAUUCUGAGGAAAAAUUUAGGUGGUUCAAAUAGCCCGUCAACCCAACUAAACGUUAACCACAAUAAAUGAAAUUUGGGGGGACUAUAAGAGCUAAAGAAAAAAAAAAAGACAUUUUUGACAUCCUCUUAAGUUCUAAAUGCACGUGUCGUCACAUUUGUAGCCUGCGAAAACAUCCUAGCUCCUUGCCGCUAGGGGCGUUUCACGCGGAGGAACGUCUGCAACUCAGCGGCAGAAAUUCCAUACUGGUGACGCAAAUCAAUGUUUACGUAAUAAAUCCGGUACUCAUGGGGCUCCAAAUAUAAAUUUGUCCAAUUUUACCUGUCUUCUAAUCGAUUUUGGUAAAAUGUUGUGUUCAUCUGCCAACGAGCUCGUCAAAACACAAAUGCCUCUUCUAGAAAAGAGUAUAUUCCACAAAUAUUGACUGUUUUGCUCGAGAUUCUUCGCGUUAACAUUUGACCUUUGUAGCCUUUUGUCUUUUGUCUGUCAUUCCUAAACAAAAGCUAAAACAAUGUGACUACUCCGUCGACCAAUCAGCGCCUCUGACCGGAUUCCGGACAAAUUUUACGUCAUAAUUAUGGAAUUUCUGUCGCUGAGUCGCAGACGUUCCUCCGCGUGAAACGUCCCCAGUAGCGGAGAGCGAGGAGAAACGGAUGUUUUCGCAGGCUAUCACUUUUCAUACAAUGAGGUUUUAUCUUUUAACUUUAUGCUUAUUUUCACAGCUACUAUUGUCAGCACCAAACAGCCAAUAACAGCUUCUCCAAAGCCUCCUAUUCAAAGUGAGUUUCAGUUCCGUGUGAUGGGGACAACUUACUCUUUUCGUAACAGUUCGUUAAAAAUUCGUAGUAUUUCUAAGACACGAACUAAUGCCUGGUUAUUUCGUAACCCUUGUGUUUCUUGUGUCCCUUUUUGCCAUCCUCCUUGCUGUGUUUCUGCUCUGCCAGCAUAGCCUUGCUUUUGCUCACCUAAAUUUGGCGUUCACCAGAAAGACUCGAAUGAAUCGAGUAAGAUAUUUGUUGAGCAUGCUCUGCAUGUUGCUAAGAUACAGUUUCGAACCUAGGCCUAAUAGUCGCGCGCUUGGUACAGCGGGUUUGUUUUUGAUCAUCGGUUUAUUAAACGGAUGCUCGCGCUCGCAACCAGUUUGACGAGAGAGAACAAUAUUGACUAGUCCAGAAGUUCAUUUCACGGUGACUUCAAAGGUUUGACGUGAUUAAUUAAGGCAGAGCCUACUUUUCUGGGUGGUAAAUGGUAAACCCCCUAUAGGGUGAGUUCAAUGCCACUAGAGGCGGUACUACAGUCACAUUUGCUCGAAAACGGGGCAAUGAUACACGCAGUACUAAAACCGUCCGAGGAAAUCGACAUAAAGUUGUUAGCCUUUUGAAAGCCCUGCUUAAACGGGAUAGAGUGUACACCUUACUCGAUUUUCCAUUCAAGUUAUUGGAGAAAUUACGACAAUCCUUGUUGAAACGUUCCUCAAAUGAUCUCGGUAUAACCUUUCUUUGGUUUGCUUUCACAGGAACUUGUAACCUUUGCUUCGCAGACGGAGGAACCUUAGCUGAGAACCUUGAUAUUUGUAAUAAGAUACAAACUGUCCAUACUUGUUCGACAAACGAAUUCCUCAACUUAGGAUCCACUCACUGUUACACUGCUGCGUUGACAUACAAGCUGAAGUAUAAGAAGCACUCUAACUUGGCAGUUAGAAGUCAAUUUUUCUCGAGCAUGAAUCGCACUUUAAUUGUACGAGGGUGCGCAAACUGCACAGGUAUAGUACUAAAAGCGAAGAAACGUUAGUUAGAUCGUCUUUCAGGGGCACCCAACGACUGUUUUCUGUAAAAUUUCUGUUCGUAGAAGCAAACAUUGCCUAGACUUUUCUAUUACUUUAGAACGGCUAAACAUUUCUAGAUGAUCAUUCCAUUCAGGUACAAUUUUCGAAGCUUAUCUAAUAAAUAAUUUCUUAAAUAUGGGGUUACGAUUGUCUUGCGAUUUUGAAACAUGUUUUAAAUCGCUACGACAUUUUUCGAGUCGUGAACUUCUUUCGUACGGAUGUGGUGGGUUUAAUUUACACGACACGAUCUGUCGUUAAGUAAGUCGCUUGCGAUAGUCGUAGGUAAAACUCAGAUCGUGUAAAUCUUCCUUAAGAAAUAAACUCGGUACAACUGGGAAAUCUACACCAUCCAGACAAUUACGAUUCUAUCUCAGUAAGGGUCGCCAUUGGAAUUCGAACUUCAUAUAUCUUUCUGUGUGUUUGACAUUAUAUUUAAAAAUAGAUUAUUGGAAUUGUCGUCAGUGGUUUAAGAAAUUAAAUGUGACUUUGAAAUAAACGACGCCCUUGAAAAAACACCAAUCAGAAAUGUAUAAAAUGUUAUUAACGCUCCGGGGGAGGGGAGGAGGGGUACUUAGAUUAAUUUUUGCUGGUUAUCAGGUGUCGCUGGCCUCUCAGAGCCGCUAUCCCCGUUAUAGUCUAUUCUGUGGCCGGUUAUAGACCCCAUCUUUGUCACUUUUGGGCAAAUAUGUAAUUUCCCCGAUCCCAACUUAGACACUUUUUAUUUUUAUGAAUUGACCCAUUUUUUAGAUUGACUAGAGAAUACUUUACUUUUCAUCUACAGCACAAACAAUCUCGACUGGUACUUUUCCUAGCCGUAAAUAUGAAGCGGAACUGUCUUACCCCAAAAAGUCCGUACGACCCCAUUCUAGUAAGUCUAUUGAAAAUGCGACCCCAUCCAGCGGCACAGUCCCAUUAGCCUCUCAUAAGAGAGUACUCCCCCCGGAUUAACGCUGCGGCGUUUAAAAUAAUAACUUUAAUCCUAUCAUUUCUUUGGUAAAGACCAAACAGUUUCCUGCAGAACAAGAUUUAACUCCAUGUUCAACCAAGCGUCAAACCCUGUCCGCUUUUCCUUCCUGGACUGUGUGAUCAAGUAUUGUAUUGGUAACAACUGCAACAACCAGCGUGUCUCUUCCUUUGAAGACAAGACACCAGAAUCCUGUAAGUAACACUACAUGGCAGCAGAUUUGCCCAUCCAUUUCUGAAUGAUAAAAUGUAGACCAUUAGAGUCAUUUCCUUUGUACAAGACAUCUUUCAGUUACGUUAGAUGGCAACUUUUAGUAAAAACGCUGUCUGCAUGGCCUCUCUCCUUUUUUGAUAGAAAUCGUUUUUCAAUAGAAUAUUGAUUCAUUCAUGGCAUUUUGUGUUCCUCUCUUUUAUCCUCUACUUCAGCGUAGAAAGUACUUUUUUGAGAAAAUAGUUAAGUUCAGCUUUUUGUGACAGUUUCUUUGAGUUCUUUAUUUUCUCGCUGUCUCGUGUUCCCUUUUUUAAGAGUUUUAAAUUACCUGAUCUUAGUUAACUAUGAGAAUUGAUUGCUGCGCUUUGAAACGAAAAAAAAAAAAACAUCUCAGUGUUAAGGUGUUUCGAUACAGACAAUACAUAUAUCCAUGACUAGUACAUUUCAGUGUGAGUAUUGUCAAUGUUUUACAUUCAAAAGAUGCGAUAAAUUCAAACUAAAAUGUACUAGUCAUGGAGGUAUGUAUAGUGCGCAUUAUUUUGGAAAAAUUAGCAUAACGUCAAAACAGUGAAUGUUGUAACGCAGAUUUUUGUCCGGUUCGUAGGAUAAGUUUGUCCUGAAAUUUCAAGGUGCUGCAGUGAAUCAAUCUUAAUGAAAGUUUCAGACAUUUUUAUAUACAUUAUGAAGAUUAUGUGAAGAGAUUUUAAAAAAAUUCGUUCGAGUCGUUUUGGAGAUAUACAUGAAAGCGCUAAAAGUCCAAAUUCUGAAUGAAGUUACAGUUAUACAGGUGGUGAGAAAACGGGUUAGAUUUCAAGAUCGCAUGAACGAAAGUGCACCAAAAUUUCCUAGCAUCAAAAUAUGAUAUUAAGCAUCAUUCUUAUGCUACUUAAGAAUAAUUUGAGUCAUUUAUAACGUUUUUAUUAAAUAACCUAUCACGGCUAUCGAAAGUUUAAGGUUUGAAAUAUUUUUUCGUUUUAGUCGAAUUCAAACAUACAGAAUUUUUUACUUCUUUCGGAUAUUGUUUGCUAAACACCAAACUUUAAGUUCCUAGUGUUGGAUUUUCAGUAGCAGGUCUAGAUCACACAAAAUUUGGCUUUUAUCAAUUUCAAAGUUUGUUGUCAUAGUAAUAUCGAUUUAUUUAAAACUACAUUUUCACAUAUUUCAAUCCAUAGCCAAUUACUGGUAAAAAUUUUAUAGCGAUCGGACAAGGAAAAAAAUCACUUUUAAGGCGAUUGAAAAAUAUCGGUAUCGCCUCUGAACUAACUGUAUCGAAACACCUUAAGGCCUGUUUACAUGGAGUUGGGGGACCCGAGAUAGGUGAGGUAACAUUAGGUGGGUCACCCCACCUAUCAUGUAAACGUGAUCAAGUUAGAAUGAUAGAUUAUAUGGACAGGCGGGUUACCUUACCUACAUGGGGUCCCCCGCCUGCAUGUAAAGAGGCUCUUAGAGGAAUGAAAAAAAAAAAAAAAAGUCUAAGUCUGGGUUGCUAGGCAGAAAAUAACAAUGGCCCAACAAGAAGAAAGCAUUAGUUUUCCAGCAACCAGUCACCAAAUCCUUAUUGAGCCUUCUUUUUAUUAAGUGAAUGUUCGAGCAGUAGUCUAAGAAACUGCCGAAAUAGAUAACGGAGACAAAUUCUGGAUAUAAGUGGAUGGGUAUUGUUCGUCGCAUUCUUCUUGUGGGGGAAAGUUUCAAACAGCCGAGUCGUUGGUGCCGUCCUGGGCAUUCUCCUCAGGGGCGGAUCCAGGAAUUUUGAUUGGGAGUUCAAAACUUUGGUUCAGAUCAUAGGAGGGUACCCAAAAUCAAUUACAUUUUUGAAUAUCCGUGGAAUUUAGUUUAGUGGCUUAAUGCAACUCGCGUUUCAUUAAAAAAAUCAGCCAGCCAAAAAGUGAUAUACGAUCUUGUCAAUGAAGAAUGUCAGUCUCAAACAAGCGGCAGGUCUGACAGAGGAGUCCGGACCCUCGGACCCUCCCCCUGGAUCCACCACUGCUUCCUUCACAUCAUAUAGCUGAGCUGAAAUCCAGGCCGGUUCAUUAAUUUUGAUUACCAUCUUAGGUGUUUAAUGUACUUGAAUGAUCGACUCCUUUUUGCGUACGUAGUCAAUAGGCCAUUUGCAAUAAGAGGUCAUGUGACAUUGUUUUUAUGAAAAUGAAAGUUGUUUGAUGUUGUAUGAAAAACUACCAGCGGGUCAUAUCUUAAACAAAAUAAUAGUGAUUUGGUUUUUGAAACCCGCGCCAUUCGUGAUUCGUAGCUGGUCACGUGACCAAACUGUGGCUUUUAAAUUUAUAAAUUACCUCUUUCUGAACACAAAUUUUGCUCUUAAACUUCAAAGAAAAUGUUGAAAAGAUGAUGUGGUAACGUUUACAGCAUAUCUGAGCGUAACUAUCAAGCGUUUAACAAGAUAUAAGUAACAAGUAGUUUUGGCCGCCAUGUUGGAAGGCAAGAGUAUGCCCUCCAACAUGGCGGCCAGUACAAAUACUUUGUUGAAAAAUCAAAGUGCCAUGAAAUAUCUCUCUUAAAUACGUUUUCUCUUAAAUGUCGGGUGUAAGGUAAUUUUUAUGUGCUCUGUAAAUUUUUGGCUUCAGCAAUAUUCCAACUCAUUGUUUAAAGAAAGCAUUGGUCACGUGACCUCUUAGUGCAAGUGGCCUAUUGGACACCUGUUCAUGGAUUUAGUACUGCGUACCUGUCGCGAUUGUCUACCCAUAAUUUCGCCCAAGAUUCUUUGCAGAUUUUAAGACCAAAAUACAGGGUGCUACCUUUAUUUAGAUUUUUGUUUUGGUUUCAUAUAGUUAUAAUGAAGGUUUUGAAUAUUAGUUUCUUUUAUGUGUAACAUAUUUCUAAUUAAUGUAUAAAAAAGUUUAUGUAUGUUUGUGUGUGUAAUGGCGGUCACAGGGCAUAGGGGUUCUCCAAGAGAGGCUCUAGUUAUAGUAAGGUAAUUAGUUUGUCUUUUCCUUUGUUGUUAGGUCCGCUUGAUGACGAGGCUUUUCCUACCCCACGUAAACCAUCAUCUGAAGAACAGAAACAGGCUUUACAAAUGUCACUUUCCGGGGCAACUGAGGUGAGUGUUCAUACUCUUCUUAUGCAUGGGAAUGGAGCGGGAUCAGGAAGUACAAGAAGUACAGUAAAAAAAUAAGCUUUGUUGGCUCUUCUUUGACAGUUUGCAUGGCGUAACCAAAUUGAAAAAACGUUUAAAGAAGCAAUUGCGUUGGCUACUACAGAGUAUUGUACAGAAAACAAGACCAGCUGUGCUUUAAAGGAUAGACGCAGGUAAGGUCUUUUAAAAUAAUUGGCACAAAUGCAUGCAUUUACAAUGGUACAAAACAUAUGCAGCAGGUCGAAGGCAAGGCAAUUUUGUCCAUCCAUGAACUGGGUCAGUGAGAUUUUUUUGUAACAACUAAAACAGUACUUUAAACUAACUUCGCCGAAAUUUUCGCUGUUUCCCUUCAGACAAAAGCUAGGCAACAAACCGAGGCAACUGGAUGGGUAUUCGCCUUAUUGGACAAAAGGUUGUUUUUGGAAAAACUUUCUUUUGUCGAAAAGAUAUUUUUUCUUCGGGAAAAAUUUCGUGGUUGAAACAUCUUUCACUAGAAUUCCUUCUGUCUCUUCCUGCGUUGCGUGACACUGGAGGGGCCAGAACUGGACUAAAUAAUCCGGCGUUCUGAAUUACUGAUUAAAGAAAAAGAACGAAUCUAUCUCAGCUAACUUUUUCGUUGAGCUAUUAGGAAAAAGACUUGCGUAAAAAAAUGGUUUUGACCCUCCAGAACUAAGUGCUGUGAGCCAAAGAAAGAUGCACGCUUUCAUAAACUAACGAAAUGAAUAAAAAAGGACAGGAAACAAUCAGGGAAGUUUUCGUCUGGUAGUGGUUAACAGACUGUAACCUUGUUUAAAUUUCUUUUUUUUUCAUGGUCAAUUUCCGUAUCAUGACUUUAAAUAGGUGAGGUUUUAAUAAGAAAUUGACAUUUUUGUUAAUUGCACCUCACUGUCAUGUCACUGUUGUUGAUAUUCAAUUCAGACAGAAGGAAGGUGUUAUCCACCUCGGCCUUUGGCCUCGGUGGAUAACACCCUCCUCGAUCUGCUUAAUUCUUAUCCUACGAAAGCCGAAUUCAUUAAUUGCGAAAUAUUAAUAAUGAUAAUGAUAAUGAUAAUAAACUAUGAAACUAAAAUGUUUUUUUGUUGUUUUGGUUUUGUUUUUUUCAGGCGAAGCCCUUCCUCAGGCGUUAAUUACACCGCUGACCAGGUUCACCUUCUGCCCGGUUACCCAAAUAGUAACUUGCCCGGUUUCCUUACGGUGGCCUUUUACGUGCAGCAGCCACCAGGCCUAUCCAUUGGAAACUCGUCAGUGCUACCGCGAGAUACCUUGCUUGCUAUUGUACUAACUUUCAAGUCUAAACUGGAGGGCGCUAUUGGGGUCAAUAUAUCAGAUGUAGAAUAUUGGUUGAAACCUUCAACUACACCAGGGAUAUCCCCAUCACCACCUGUAAAUACAGAUAGUAAAGUCUGGAAGUGGAUAGUGAUCGGUGUCGGAGCUUUCCUUAUCUUAGUGCUAUUUGGGGUCUUAUUCAAGUGGUAAGAUAUAUGUUACUGAUGUACAUAACCCAAGCACUAAUAUGCAUAGGGGAAUAUCACAAAUGACAGGAAAAACGACGUGGGCGUUUCUGAGGACUCUACUCCAAUGUAACAUCAAAACGGUAUGCUCGUCGGCAAAUAAGAAUCAAGCCCCUAGAUAUAAAGGAGACCUGGCUCAGCUCAGGUUUCUCAUCAUUAAAGGACACUCGAUGACGUCGUUUGUUUUUUAUAAGAUAUUUAUUUACCCACAGCCCUAAGCUUAGCAUCCCACGAAGACGUUCUUUCGGUAACGAGGAGGUUCGUUGUGGGGGGUUGGUGACGCGUGACAAGGCCCUCACAACAACCGCGUGAGUACCCUUAGCUAUAUUUUUGCUAAUAAUAAACACUUUAUCGACCAUCGCGCUGCUGUGGACACCUGACGUAAUUGAAAAUAGUCGCUAUCUUAUUUUUUUGUUUUUUACUUAUUCAAAUGCCAAAUAGGUCGUCAAAAAACAUAGGGGGGCACGUAUGAAAUGUUGAGAUUAAAGCGCUUUUGAUAUUAUUUUUUUCCGGCGAUCUUGAGUAUUCUUUAGAGAAGAGACAGGUCCUAUUUUGAUAGUGUUUGUCAAUCAUUUUCUUACUAGCUGGAGACGCAAAAAGAAUUCACGAGAGAGACCACGCUGGAUUUUUGCUUUCGACAAGCCGAGGAAGUCUAUGAAAAAUUACAGCAACGCAAACCGGGAGGUUAAUCGUGCCGCUGAUAGUGCUUUGUAG